AUGAAUCAAUAAGAACAUCUAGAGAGUUAGUACCUAUAACAAAUUAUUUUAUUCUUUAAAGUGUUUGACAAUGCAGAUUCUCACAUAUCUUAAGUGUAAAUACAUAUACGCAUACACUUAACUUAGUUGUAAUAGCAAUCUUAAACAUCUAUUCUGAGCUUUUAGUAUUCACUCUGAAGAGAGUAGCCAGGCUUCAUCGAAUGCUGGACAUAUAAGUAACAUGUAAGGUCCUAAGCAUUGUUUGGCAAGGAAUUAAUGAGAAAUACAGGUAGUGAGAUUCGCACGAGAUGGAAUGGGAAAUUUAAUUGGUCAAUCCUUAUAGGAAAGGGGUAGAACCCCAGAGAUCACUAUUAAAAGAGAUGCUUCAUUCUUCGGAGGAAGAGAUUUGAGUCCAAAAAGAGGGAAAAAAUGAUCUAUACUAAUCUUUUCAGGCGGGGUUGUAGAAGUUAUUUCAAUAUCUUUUUUAAUGUAAAUAUCAAAUUGACAAAAUUUGUGUUUUCUUCAAUGUCUGUGUAUCGAGAUGAAAGCAUAUUAAAAGGACUUCUUCAGGGUAAAACUAUAGAGUAGGGGGCAGAGUUACAUUUAUUCAUAUUGGUUGAAUAGAAUGUGAGGAAGAUCAUUCAAGUGAAUAUUGUUAUGAUGAUUAGGAGGCAAUAAAAUAUCAGAGACACUUCAGAAAAAAAUAACUUAAUUCCUAAGACAUUGAAUUGGCUAUCAAGGAUCAAAAUAUGCAGAAGGUACUCUGACGUAAAAUCAUUUUAGUCUGAAAUCUUUGGAUUUUAAUAUAUGGAUAGUAUUAAUUUAUCCAAAAGGAUGGAUGAGUAUGUGCUCAAUGAUCAGGUAUGGAAUCUCAGUAUUCAAGAGCUUGGAUUUAAGAGAUCUAAUUUCGCAUUAGAUGAGGACAGUUAAAAUCCCUCUAGGAUUUCCCUCUCUUUCCAUAUUCAAUGUGAUGAAAGAUUAUUAGAUGAUCAAUUCGUAGGAGACUCAAUCCAUAAGUAAAUUCCUCUCAUUUGAUAUAAGUGCAAUACAAGGACAUCAUAUAAACGGAGUCAUUCUAAAGUAUGGAGAACAAGAAGUCCUUCAAUAUUAUAAAGGAUAACGUAAUAAGCAUAUUGACAGUUCAUCAAUAAAGCAUUGUGAAGAACUUUAAGGAUUUAUUUGAAAAAGAAGUAAUAAGUCUAAAAUUUAAUUUCUCACAAGAAUUUGUUUAAUGUAAAUCUUGAUUUCAUGAAUUUAGUGCUUUCUGAUUUGGAGAGCUACAAAGACGUGGCUUAAAUCGUUCCAUUCAUAGUCCAAUAUUUAUAUAGUUAGUAGGAUUAAGUUUAACUAUUUUAUUACAAACAUAGAUGUGUGAUAAUAGAAUGCUUGAGUCGACUGAUAAUAAACAAUUAGAUAAAUCUGGAGUUUUAAGUAUCUGCCAUAAUAUUAUACAUAAUAGUUGCAUUAGAUCAUUAAAAUCUUAGUUAAAUUUUUGACUGCCAAGAUAAUUGAAAUCAACUUAAAAUUCUAAAUAGAACUUCAAAUAAAGACAGCCAGAUGUUUGAAUUAUUUGCUUGAUAAAUUUAACUUGAAAUAUUAAGCAUUGAGGUAGAAUGUUGACGGUGUGAUUUUGAAUAAAUUCGAUAGAGUCACAAGUAAAAUCGAGAAGAAAAACUCUCACAAAUCAUUAUUGAAGGCGUAUUCGAUAAUUUAAUACUUUAUUGAAUAAAAUGUUUGUGUUCAGCAUUUGAAGUUUGUGGAAUAAGUGAGUGAAUUGAUGAGGAAAAUAGAUCAAGGAAGAUAAUCAAUAACAUAACAUAAUCCAGAUUAUGAACAUCUAGCUGGUUUAAUAUCUUUAUCUUUAGGAGUAACAUUUUAUUCAAUAAUCAUAGAGCAUUUUAAUUAAAAUAAUCAACGGAUUGCAAUAUUUGUAGCCUAAUCAUGAAAACCAAAUUUUGCACAUUAUUAAUAAUACAAGAUAAUUGAUGUUAGAAUUGGGAUUAUAUGAAAUGCUUGUAAUGUAAUAACAUGUUGUGGAGCACAUGAUUUUAUGAUUAUUAUUACCUUAAUUUUAUUUGAACACCA